UGCGUUCUCCACCUGGGAGAAGGAGCUCCACAAGAUGGUGUUUGACCCUCGAUACCUGCUGCUGACCUCAGCUCAGAGGAAACAGGUGUUUGAUCAGUUUGUGAAGAGCAGGAUGAAGGACGAGUACAAAGAGAAGAAGAGCAAACUCCAGAAAGCCAGAGAAGAGUUCAAGCAGCUGCUGGAAGAGGCCAAGAUCACCAGCAGAUCGACCUUUAAGGAGUUCUGUGCUCGUUACUGUGCUGACCAGCGGUUCAGCGCCCUCAACAGGAAGAAGGAACAGGAAGUUCUCUUUCAGCAUUACAUCACUUCCUUAAAGAAACGCGACAAGGAGAACAGAGCCAGACUGAGGAAGAUGAGAUGAGAACGCUGUUCUAGAACCUUACAGAACCAUCUAGAACCUUUGUAGAACUCAUCCAGGAACUUUCACAACCUUCCAGAACCUUCAAAAAAAGGACCUUGUGUUCCACCACACUGAGCAGAUGCUGUCCUGACUCUCACUGAUGGUUCUGUUGGAGCAGCCAGAGCAGAAACCCAGAGACCAGAUGGAACCAGAGAGACCAGACUGGGGCCAGAUAUCAUACUGGAACCCGUAUGUGAUACGGCAGGAGGAGGGCCAGGAUCAUCAGACUGGUUUCUGGACUGUAGUGGUCUGGAAUGUCAUCUGGACCUACUGAACUGGUCCAGAACUGGACUGAAUCUAACUCAGACAUUAAAAGAACUGGCUUUAAAAAGAAUAGAUCUGUCUGUGGCCUGGCUGGGUCAAUCAAUCAAACUUUAUUUGUGCAGUUUACUUUUAAAAGUAACUUACAGGAUUACUGCCCUUACAAAGUAACACAGCGCUGCUCACUGAGGAACUCGUUAGUACUUAAAUGAAAACCUUCAGCCAUUCCUUGCACAUGUUUCAUUUCAUUUCAUUUAUUUAUUUAAGGACAGUGCACAUUAAUCAACAUUUCUGUAAAUGUGCCAGUGUUAGCCAGCAGGCUAAUUUUCAACUGUAGUCCAGUUGACUACAGUACGGUCGUCAUCGCACAGCCUCGUUUACGGCCCGUAAUCAGUACCUGUGCAGGUAAUCGUCCCUGUACCGCUCAUGUGUUUGAUCACAAGUAAAAAACAAUUGACGAGGUUCCGCUGCUCAGUGCAUAGACCCCAAC